AUGCUCAGGAAGUUAUUUGACAAUUUUAAUAAUUUUCUUUAUAUUACUUUUUAGUACAUCUAGAAUACAUGUGAAAUUGAACCAUAAGUGUUUGUAACAUAAUAAAGAAAGUAUGGAAAAUUAUUUACCUAGGGGAUUGAAGAAAAAAAUAGCCAUUUGUAACUACAUAUACAAUAUCAAUACCUUAAGUUUCAUAGAUUAGCAGUAAAUUAGAUAAUAUUUGAUGAUCCAAGGCGUUAAGUAUUGA